AUGGCCAUGCAAUCGGGUAGGGGGUCGAAGCUUCGACCCUACUUGACCCUUCUAAUAUUCGCAACUAUCUUUCAGUCAGGGCUCGCUCAGCUCUGUUCUUUCUGGGACGGUGGAUGUGUUGAUCCGCUUGCUCAGACGGCGGUCUCCUUCGGGUUCCCUCCUCUCUUCCUCGAUGACAUCAAUCUUUACUAUGGUUUUGACGCCAACUCGCGAGGGAAAGGCCACGAGCCGAUGACGAAGGCUAGCUUCUGGCUAGGGUACGCUGCACGACGCAUCGAUAACUCCGUCAUCGAUCGAAACCGCACAUCCGAGAUCGCAAUGCGAAUAGGGAACUUGACCGGCACGCCGGCGGGAGAUAAUAAUGGAUGUGACGGUGUUUGGGGACCCCAGUGCUCCAACAAUUUGAAGUCUGCGUUCAAAGGGGCCAUUUACGAUUUGUCCAAGAAGGGUGAUUAUUAUAGUUACCCCUUGGACACGGUUAUAAGCCAGAUGCUCAUCAACCCGCCCUCCCUGGCCAAUUGUCCGCCUCCGUUCUUUGACGUCCAGACUUUCCCCGUUCAACCAUUCGGACAAGAAACGGAUACCGAUCUAUCAGCGACUCUGAAGACCUCCGGCACCAGCGAAAGCCCGUGGAAAACAUGGUUCAUUGACAACAUGACCUCCAGCCAACAGGCAGAGCAGGUAGCUGUCGCCAUCAUCAGCCGGGGCCCUUCAUACAAUAGUGCUCCUCCGCGCAGCAAGGAUGACGUCCAAAUAGAACUGGUUUGCGUCCAAGCUCCGUCGACUGGGAGCUCAUCGACCCAAGAUACAUAG